AUGCCAACCCCUUCCCAGCACCAGACCAUAGAAAACAAAUCCAUCUUCCACGGCCUGCCCACCUACUCCGCCGAAGACCCCUCGAACCAAAACCUCACAGCGCUCAUCACCGGCGCCAACGGUAUCUCGGGCUAUCACAUGGUCAAAGUCCUCUCCGCGGCUCCUGCUUCGCGAUGGAAGAAGAUUUGUUGUUUGAGUCGGAGUCCGCCGCAGGAUUAUUUCUGGGAGGGCCUGGAUAGGGAGAGGGUGGAGUUUUUGGCUGGCGUGGAUUUUUUGCAUGAUGCGGGUGGGGAGGGCGUGAGGGGGGUUUUGGUGGAGGGUGGGGUGGAGAGGGUGGAUUGUGUGUUCUUUUUCAGUUAUGUGCAGCCGAAGCAGAAGGGGGGUGUUGGGGGGAUGUGGAAGGAGGCGGAUGAGUUGGCGGAGGUUAAUGCUAGGUUAUUGAGAAACUUCAUGGAGGGACUGAGACUGGCGAAUCUGAAGCCCAAGAGGUUUCUGUUGCAGACUGGGGCGAAGCAUUACGGUUUCCAUAUCGGACCGGCCACAAAUCCGUCUUUUGAGAGUGAUCCGAGAGUGACGCUCGAGAAUAGCUUUUACUAUCCUCAGGAGGACCUUCUCUUCAACUUCUGCAAGGCAACUGGAGCUCAGUGGAGUGUCGUGAGACCAUCUUGUAUCAUCGGGGCUGUGAGGGAUAACACCUUGAACUUCUGGCCUGGCAUUGCGGUGUAUGCGGCAGUGCAAAAGUAUCUGGGCCGACCGUUGCAGUUUCCCGGGGGCUUCACGGCUUGGGAUAAGGAGAGUUGUCAAAGCACGGCAAUGCUGAAUGCGUACUUCGAAGAGUGGUGUGUCCUGACAGAGCAGGCGGCGAAUGAAGCGUUUAAUAUCCAGGAUGGAUUGAACUUCACAUUCUCUCGUCUUUGGCCGUACCUUGCCGAUUGGUAUGAUAUGCCGUGGGAGCCGCCGUCGUUGAACGAGUCGAAAUACGGCUGGGCCGCCAGCCGCACAACGUUCAGCCUGCAAGAAUGGUCCGAGUCCCAGGAAGUCGUCGAUGCCUGGGAAGUCCUUUCGAAAAGACACGGGCUACGUUUCGAUCCCUUCAAGGAUCGGGCGCAGGUAUUUGGAAUCACUGAUUCUGCCCUUCUGGGUGGUUGGCCGCUGUCGUUGAGUAUGAGGAAGGCGAGGAAGUUCGGGUUUCAUGGGACUGUGGAUUCCUAUGAGUCUGCUUUUGAGACAAUCAAGGCGUUGGCGAGGAUGGGGGUGGCGGUGCCGAUGGUGAGGGGGGAGUUUAGGGAGGAUGUCUGA